CUAAACUAGUAGCCAAAGUUUACAAAUCAAAACUUCACCAGAGCAUUCUUGGAUUUAAAUAACCCCCCUUCAUUUCAUUGACUUGCUCUUCCCUUUUAAUAUUUCAUGUCAUGAGCUCACCUACUGUCCCCAGUUUGCCAUUUGCCUUGGAAUAUUAAUAACAUGCUACAGAAAGAUCCCCAAAACAUCAAUAACAACAACAACAUCAUCGUCAACAAUCCCCGAAGAUCAGCAAUCUUUUUCGUUCCAAUUAGCGACCUAGCUACUUGAUCAUCAUCAUCAUCAUGGAUUUUUCAGACUACCCAACAGGCAAGUCUCCAAGAAAAGAGCUCCAACUCCAGGGUCCACGUCCAGCACCUCUCAAGAUUCAUAAAGACUCCCACAAGAUCAAGAAGCCUCCGGUUGUUCCUCAACCCUCCCAAGCCAAUCAGCCUCACCAGCCGCCUCGACAGCCGGUUAUAAUCUACACAGUCUCCCCCAAGAUCAUUCACACAAACCCUAGCGACUUCAUGAACCUCGUCCAACGCCUCACCGGUUUACCUCCCUCCAAUUCUUCUGCUUCUUGUUCUUCCUCUUCUCCUCGAAAUGAUCAUCAGAACACUAAUGGCGGCGGUGGGGAAUCGACAAUGGAGCAGUCUAGGUCUUCGGAUCAUGAAGGAACGAUGGAUAUGGAUGAUGAUCAUGACGAUCGUGUUCAUGAUACUGGUCUUAAGCUGCAGCAAAAGGGUAUGUUUCCGGGUAUCUUGUCGCCGGCUCCGGGUUCGCUUCCUCCGAUUCCUUCAAACUUCUUCUCUCCGCCGGCGGAUAGCUUCUUCCAUGAUUUGAGCCCUGUACUUCAUGGUAACAGGAACUUCAUAGAAGGUAGCUUCAUGCCUAGUCCGUCCAACUUCUUUUCCCCUACUCCAUCCAUUGACUUGUUCAACAAUUUUUCCGAUUUAUAGUUGGUCUUUCUUUUUCAUAAUUCUUUACAAGUGGAUGAACCCCAAGAUUUAUUCAGAGUAGAGUUUUCUGGGUUUGUUUCUUCAGCAAUAUAGCUUUGGUGAUGAUGAACUGAUGAUGAAGAUUAUAGAAAUGGUACUAGAUUGGAAUAUUGAUUUUAAAUUUUUGGUGGGGAGGCAAGUUGGAAAGUUCUUAAUUAGUUGAUAGUUUAUUAGUGUGGGACAUAAAAUGAUGGAUCAUGCAGUACUUUAGGGAUGAUUCUAGCUCAUUAUCCUUUUGUUUUCGAUACCAUUUUUUUGUCACGUAUUCUUUGGCGUGUAAUCUGCAAACAUAUAUAGUUGACCUUUCCCCAUUGUUCUUUUCA